GCACCGGUGAACGUGAGAUCAUUCUGAGUGGUUGCCCAUCGACAGCAUGGCAUGCAUGCGCUGCGCCUCAGCCUCAGCCUUCUCAUCUGCCCCGCUCUUCUCGUGCGCCUCCCUUUCUCUCUCCCUCCUCACUCUAAACCACAGUCAACAGACCGAGACCUGCUAUGGCAGACCCAUUUUCCAUCACCGGCAGUGCCGUUGGUGUCGUUUCUCUCGCCAUCCAGGUUUGCAAAGGCCUCGAAUGCGGAGACCGACGAACUUGCGAAUCUUCUUGAACGACUUGAAUCCGUCAUCGGGAAAGUGGACCCAUCUCAGUCUGUGUCAGCAACACGCACGGGCAUCGUGUCGUGUGCGAACGCCAUCGCGACUAUCAGAAAGAAGCUCAAACCAGACAACCAAGCAGCGAACGGCGGGAUCAAGUGGAGCUUAAAGAAGUUGACGAAGCCAUUGGCUUUCCCGUUCAAAGAGGCGGAGAUCAAAUACUGGAAAGAUGUUCUCAACACCAUACAGCAAAGUCUACAGACUGCGCUACUCGCCCUCGUCAUCGACCAACAGCGGUUGGCUUCUGAGAAUGCUUGGUUGCACUACACCCAGCUAUCCAUGGAUCAAAGCAUACAUCACUUCUCGAGUCUACAGCUACAGCGCGAUGUAUUUGAUGCGACAAGUCUUCAGCUCGCUCGACAAUCACACAUGCUCGAAUCAGGAUUUUCUACCACGUCACACAGUUUUCAAAGUCUUCAUAUCGGUUUACACAGUUUACAGGCAAAGCUCGACGAAAUAUCGCUCAUGACGAACUCUACAUUGGAAACCGAUAUGAUAAGUCUGAGAUCGCUUCACCGAAAAGACCGAAGGCUGAAACAACGAUACGCAAAACUCUCGUGUACAUGCCGACCGCAAAUCUCAUCGCUUCGUUAUCGCUCAGGACUGUUUGCUCUCACAUGUACACGAACGUCUAUGCACGACGCAGGGUGUCCUCAGUCUGCAUUUCAGAGCGUGAUGAAAGAUCUGCAACUUCAAGCUACACUGUAUAGUCUUCUUCUCAGGAAGAAAGUCUUGCUGUCGUUUCAACUAUCUUAUGGCGCUGGGUUAUCGCUCAAGCAGAAUCUGGAGUGUCAUCGCAUUGUUCGUUGGUCUCCUGCAUUCGAGUUUGUUGGAACACUUGUCAAGUCUAGUAUGAACAUGCCAAUGGACACUUUUCGGGUCGAGGUCGAGAAAUUGGCCAGGAUAUUUCAGCUGAAACAAGCGUCACCACACGAUCGACUAGCAAAUGGAAUGACGCUUCUACAUGCACUUUGUGACAGCAUUAGCUUUCUGGACCCCGACGAAAGCUAUGCCGACGCCUUUGAGAACCUUGCUUAUCUGUUCAAAACUCUACUUCGGCUAAUGCCAAGUGAAGCUUUCGAGACAGACGACUAUGGAUUUACAUGCAUCGACACUCUUUUGAUAUGUUACCCCCCUUAUCAGAACAUGGAUAUCCAGGUGGGUCUCUUAGGAUUACUACUCGAACAAGAGCUGCAGAUAAGUCGGACUACCUUCAGAUUUGCAACGACCGGAGCCCAAGCGUGGUUAGCAGUCUUCGCCGAGAUUCGCUACGAAAGUUUCAUCAGCCCCUUACUAGAUGCCAGCGAGCUACUAGAAGCGAUUUUGAUGAAAUCGGACCAUCAGCUCCAGGAGUUCUUACAUCAACCCAGACACUUAUACACUCUAGAUGCGGACACGCUUGUCGACGCCCUGAUCAUGUCUACUCUUACUGGUUGGAUGGAUGGUUGCAGAGUCCUGCUCAAUGCCAACUUAGUUGGAUAUCUGAAGGACUGUAGCUCUUACACGCGGCGCCUCACCCAAACUUUACUCAGCUUCUCAGCUGCUACAAAUCGACUGGACAUGUUGGAAUUUUGGUUGUCACAGAGGGAGACGUGCGAUGAACCACUGCUCAAUUUCAUUGGCCACUUCGAGGACGCGCUUUCUCACGGUUGUUUUGGGUCAGAAACCCUCACUAUGGACGUUGUCCAGCUCGUGUCAAGUCCUAUCAUCAAGCAAAGGCACGAGGUCAAGCUACUGAUGGAAAAGCAUGACGUUCAACAUUGUUGUGAUCGCGCUCGUACAGGCUUACCAGACGCACAUAUGGGUUGUACGCUCACUGCAAUAGUAAGCGAAGGAGUUGACGUGCCCAAACGUUAUUGGCCACAGCGGAAAAGCCUUUAUCACAUGCCACAAAUGUGGAAGCUCGACAAACUCAAGGUACUCCAAACUUUUGAAAUGGCCGGCAUCUGUGAUAUUAGUCAAGAGAACUUCAAGUGCAGCAAGGAGACAGCCUGCUCGCCGUUGGUGUAUUUGGCCACGCAAUCAAUGGAUGGUACUGAUCCAGGGUGUUUUAGUGAGCGUGAUAUGGCAGUCCGAUGGUUUCUCUCAAGAGGUGCGGAUCUGAGAGAGACGUGGCCAGGAACGCAGACCACCGCUGCACAUUGUUUGGCUUGGCAAUCUGCUGAACAUCUGCGGAUUGGAGCCAGUUUCGCAGAUGGCGAUGUCAUAAAGGACGCCUGGACGUACGAAGACUAUGAGUUUCUUGUAAAAGGGGAGAUACUUGACCAAUGCGAAUGUGGAUGUAGCAAUUUUGGGUGCGACUUUCUCUCAUGUUUUUGGAAGCAUACAUUCGCGGAAAGUCGGUGGUGUCCGCAAUUUCCUCUCAUCUCCGAACGAUUCAAGAACACAACUCUAGCAAGAGAUUUGGAAAGUGUCAGGUUGUAUGCAGACAACGACGACGACGAGUCACGAUGUGGUGUCAUCAAGAGGAUACUCCUCGAUCUGACCCAGUGGACUGAUAGAGUGGCAAGCACACUCGGCCUCCCUCGACUUAUCCAUGCUUACAUCCGCCUCUUCGUAUUCUCAUACUUGGAGAUACGACACACAUGCUGCGACAUCGAUCGCAUAGAACACUUCGACAAGCCUAAUUACACAAAGCAACCAUACCCUCGGUAUUCUCCAAAUGAACUACGGCGCAUAAACCUUGAGGAUGCGCAUCUACGCGUAUGCCUGGAAGAGCUGGUACCCAGACUCAUUUUUCAACAUGAGUCAUUCGGUGGAACACUCGAAAAAUUCGUUAUCGAUGUCCUUAAUCCGACGAUGCGUAGAACUGCGAAAGAGCUGAAAGAGGAAGAUAAGGCACUAUUCGCUGCGGGGCGAAGAGAAUUGGGUGUUGUUAUGGACGAGGACGAAGAUGCAACUGAAGAGAAAGAAAGUGAUGUGGAAGCGGAUGAGGUUGACAUCGAGGAAGAGUCAGACGACGACUACUGAUAUGCUUCCAUAUCCUGUUCCUUUUAUCAUAUGUUGGAAGUGCCCGGGCGCUGGGAAAUGAUCAGUACAAUGUACAGGUUGUUUCAACCGCUUCGAUCAUCAACUAGGCAGUGGUAUAGACGGAAGAUGUAUUCAGGAACGUCUCUCACGUAUACAUUAGAUAUUACAACAGUAUCCAAGCCACUGUCCCAGCUCCUCCU